CGUCGUGGCGGGACGGCACCAUCUUUUUGAAUCGUAGCUGCUGGCUAAGUAGAUCUUCCAUUCGGGCGCUGUCGCAGUAGGCGACAAGUAGCAGUAGGAGUGUCGACGGCGGCGGCAGCAGAAAUAGUCGUUGAGUUCCCCAAGUCCUUACUUUCAAGAUCCAUCGAGCGAACUCCGCAAACAAAAUCUUCUUUCCUAUAUAGAUGGGUAGGCUACCCGCACUCAAGAACGUGUAAGGCUGAUGCCUGUAUGGCGUGACGCUCUAGUUACUGCAAGUACAUACGAGCGAGAGUUGCAUCUUCCUUUCUUCACAACUGAAUCGUGCUGCGAAGCCAUUCGUUCGUUGUCAGCCCUUUCACUGCGUAGUAAAGGAAGAUCGACCAAGGACGAGAAAGGCCCACCUACACCACUUCGGUUACCAAACGGUGGCGGCAGAAGGGCGCGCCCAGUUCGAAGUGCACCUCCGUCGAUAGCCGGCAGCCGCGAACGCAGUUUAUCUUAAUUUAAAAACCAUCAGGUGAGAGGAAAGCGAUUGCAGCAAUCGAAAGCCCAACUCGGACCCAUUUGAGAUGCAGUAGAGCAGCUAACUGAACCAAGAUACAGUAAAGAACUUGCGUGACGUAAGGCGGUUUUCCUUUUUCCAAGAGGAUACCAAAUGCACAACCUGACUCGUGUGUGCCACUGUCAACGCCUCCCUCUUGACCACCGUACUCUAAUCAUUUCCUUCUGGGUAAACAGAGAAGUGUUUCCCUCAGACUGAGAAAUAAUAGUGUUACCUAGGCGGAGCAGCCUCAAAGGGUUUUACGGCAAUAAUCGACUUGAUGAUACCUACCGACCGCUCGAAAUCGAACAACUUGCUUGCAGGACUCGUUGUUGUUAGAUGACUCGAUCUUUACGAACUCGGUAGUCGACGUUAUAUCAGGUCAUACACAAACGACUACACAGAAGUAAAUUCACGAGUGAUAAUAUGGCACGAACGGAAGACGAGUACGAUUACCUCUUUAAGGUUGUCCUUAUUGGUGAUUCGGGCGUUGGCAAAAGUAACUUGCUAUCGCGUUUCACACGUAAUGAGUUCAAUCUGGAAUCGAAGUCGACCAUUGGCGUCGAAUUUGCAACGCGGUCAAUUCAGGUAGAAGGAAAAACCGUCAAGGCACAGAUUUGGGAUACUGCAGGUCAAGAACGGUAUCGGGCUAUCACAUCAGCUUACUAUCGCGGAGCAGUUGGAGCACUACUUGUUUACGAUAUUGCGAAGCAUACCACGUACGAAAAUGUCGAACGAUGGCUCAAAGAACUCCGCGACCAUGCAGACCAUCACAUCGUUAUCAUGCUUGUUGGCAAUAAGAAUGACCUCAGGCACCUCAGGGCUGUACCGACGGACGAAGCGAAGGCAUUCGCAGAGCGAAACAACCUUUCGUUUAUUGAGACGUCUGCUCUCGACAGCACUAACGUAGAAACUGCCUUCCAGCAAAUUCUAACUGAUAUCUACCACAUCGUGUCCCGAAAGCAGAUGGCUAACGACAGCGACACGGACGCAGCGUCGCAGUUGAAAAGCGAAAAUGACAAGAUCACCAUCCCGUCGAAUGGCGACCGCCGUGAACCGGGCACUUCAAACAGCAGGAAAUGUUGUAACCAGUAGUGGUAGUUGGGGUAACGUAAGGAACACAAUGAAAAUGCAUUGCCUGCUCUUCUAGCUGGUUGUAGCCCUAUUCAUGGGUGGAAAUAAUAAUAAAAUAUAAUAAUAUGUUUAAGUAUAGACAGACAAACAGGCAGACGGACAGCUAGGCAGAGGCGAAGGCGAGCGAGCUGGCGAGACGAAAGCGUCCGCGAAGGGGAAUAGAGACAAACGAUAGAGAAGCGAUACACAUCGAACACCGACAACCGUAUUUACUCAGCACAUAGAAACAACAGCCAACGGUAUGAAUAACAACAACAGUAAUAUCGGCGAUAAAUAUAAUAACAACAGCACGCAGAAACGAACUACUGGAACAAAACUACAAUUCUAUUGCAACCUUUGCUACCAUCAAUAAGGAAUAGUACGACAAGUAGCAACAGUACACACAGCAGCGGAAGCAGGUGGAAAGCAACAACUUAUGGUCGGUGAUUUCUAUAGCGUUUGUUCUCUUGAAGGUCGCUCGCGGAACAGCUUGAUGGCAGAAAAAGCAGCGGACGAUGACUUUAGACUUCAUUUGAAUCUGAGGUAUUAAGGAAAUAUCAAAUAGCAGGAGCCGUAUUUGAUUGUAGACGUAUUUAAAGACGGACGGAGAGAGCAAUGCUUCGUUCACUGCUACUGAUGCUACAAGAUAGCUUUUAGGAUGCAGUGGUAAAGCUACAGUAAAGCGGCGUGCGGGCACUGAAAAAAACGGAAGGUUAAAUAAAUUGCGCAACAGAAAACUGGGACACAAGGGGCGAAACGAUCCAUAUGUGGUGAUAUUGUCCGCGCUCAAAUAUAUCCAUAUUUGAGCAGAAUGUCACUGGUGGGGAUAUAAGGGGUAUGAGAUAACACAAACGAAGUAAAAUACGCCAAGAAAAAGAAGAUGGUCAAGUGUGAUGAGCAAAAACAUCACCAUAAUAAUGCUGGCGAUAAAGAAAAAGGUAGUAUAAUUCUUUUUCUACAACCAUCAUUCGCCGCUGAGUUUAAUUUAUAUUGCAAAUAAACAGCCGGAACGCGGUCGACGACCGCAUGUUUUCAAAGUUUUAUAUGUACGACGAUCCAUCAAGAUACGACAACAGCAAAACUAAUAAUAACAAUAAUAAUAUGGAAGUUAAUAGAAUGAAUGGAAGGAAGGGAUGGAAAACCAACAGACUGCAAAAUCUGUCUCUGUUAAUAAGGCAUUGACAAACAGAUAGACUUCACUCAUCCGACCAGCUUAGUAGCGUUGGCAGCUCCCUAGGCAUGCCAUGAAUACGUCGGCUGUAAAUAUCGACCGCGGCCUCAACUCCCCGAAGAAUGCCAUCUCGGUCACGCCCUCUUUGACUGGAACAGUGAAGGAAAAAAGAAACAAUGGUAGGAACAAGCGCUCAGCUUUAGCUACAAUAAAGUGUAUAAGGCUAGCUUCUUGGGUAAAAAGUUUACAAGAAAAAGUUAAGCACUUUUCAAGGCGAAUUCUACUUACUAAUAAACAAAUGAAUGUAUUAAAUAUUACCGUACCCAUAAUCAUCGCCCACUACAAAAGAUGCAAAGGGAAAUUAAAGGAGACGAACCGAUGAGAAGCUGCUAAAAGGAUCAGUGUGAAGACCACAACAGAAGGACUUAAGUUGAUUUAGGGCGAUGUUCGAGGAAGAGAGUCGAAGCCGGUUUGCGCCCUCUGGCGGCUGCUCAUUCAUGCAACGUACCUUAGCCUAUACAAAAACAACCGCGUUAGGGCGCGCGGAGUUGGAUGAGAAGGGCAUGGCAAGGGGGAGGCAGACACUUGUUCAGUUAGGGAACAUCUUUGGAGUUGUUCUUUAGAUCUAUUAUAGAGUCUGAAUGGCCAGUACGUGCAUCGCGAUGUUAUCAGUUUGGCAUACUGACGAAACCAGCUAUCAUCAUAUGAUUUAGCGGAGUUAAGGGCUGUUUUCGAAUCUGUAUUUGAUUACCAUCUAUUCAUCAAUUUCUGCUCUUAUGGAACAGUAGUCACGUAUUAUGCGGGCGUACGUAUUGUUGUUGUCAACGUUUUCAUUAUUAUUAAUGAUGCAUCCAAGUAUAUCUCUCUCUAGAUAUACUGCUACAUCUUGUUUAUCGUUAGUUUCCGCCAUGUUUUCAUUACGAGCCGCCAUUGGAUCCCACUCACAUGCAUAUAUUAUAGAAAGUGAUCCUCCUAUUAUAAUCACCAAGGGAUAAUUAUUAGGAAACUAUUUUUUAUUACUGUCACUUUGAUGAUAGCUAUUUCUUUUCGAACAACAAUAUUAUAGCUCUGUUGUUCCUUGUUUAAUGUAAGACUGAUUAGUUAUUUUAUUCGUGUAAUCACUAAAAACAGAAACAAACACAGCCCUAUCGUUAUGUUUAGUGUAUCGUUAUGAUGGACUUUUCCUUGCGCCCAUUUAUUUUUUUGAAAAUAUUAUUGCUUGUUUUCGUAACUGCGGCCAAACCGUUGGGCUUUCUAGCGGAUGAGCGGUAGGGUGGUCAUGACGUACGCACUUUCGUUUUGGUCUCUACCAUCAUUGUCAAUUCGCAGCCCACAGCACCUCUCUGAUAUUUCGUGCUAUUAUGUACGCCAGUUUUUCUAUUUUUUUCAUGAAGCAAUAUCUCUUCGAAUCUGUUCCGAUUAGGAUGUGGCAUUGUCAUCACUCGGUUAUUUUUUCUUCGCAACAAUGAGAUAGAUUCCACAGGUGUUGAUAUCAUGUGGUUCGCUGCUCUAUGCUCCGAUUUAUCACGUAUAUUAUAUAAAAACGUGACAGUGGUGCCACGAAGACGGAAAAAUAGCAAGAGACAACAUAUAUGAGUAAACCUAUAGAGAAGAUUUUAAGAGUUUAUAAGAUAAUAAUAAGAAAAAAGUGAUAAUUUUCAUUCUAUUUUAUGAUGAUUAUAGUGAAGCUGAAGCUGACAAUAAUAAUAAUAAUAAUAAAGACGACAAGAAUAAUAUUAUUAUUAAUAACAAUAAUAAGCAUGUAAGGAGAUGAACGAGAUGAUGAAAAGGGAAUGGAGAUGAUGAUGAUUACCAUAAAUCGUGAAGAUGUACGAGCGAUGAGAGGAACGAUUUGGUGGGUAGUGAGUGUUUCAGCAAACAAUGUUUUAUGGCGGCAGUUGCCUCCGGGUGAUGGUUUAUGCCGCAGAUAGUGUAUACGUGAAGAACCGAAGGAGAAAAAAGAAUCUAACAAGACAGUGAUGGAUAAGAAUAAAGUUGCCCUGAUGUUACUAGCA